UCUCAACGGUAGUCGAAUGGCUAACACGCGUCUGUUGUUGGUAUUAACAACACGAUUGUUUGUAUGCGGGUACUCGGAAACUGCCGAAGAAAGUGUAUCGAACAACCUAAGUGACCGUCACAUAACAUGGGAAACAGCGCAUCUGUUAAAUUGAACGAUAAACGGCGGUGGCAGAGCGAAACCGCGAUGAGUCCAGCACCCCCCGCGCACCGAGACAAAAGUAGCGCUCCGUUCGCCGCCGCCAAGCAGUCGCAAGCGGCCAGCGGAGCGAAUUGUACGUACAACGUUAUGGAGCGUGAUCGCAUCGGACUAUGGGGCUCCGGGGACGGACAGUCAAACAGCCGGCUUUCGGGCCUCGACCGGCUCAAGCAUCCCGGACUCAACAAGGGCAUGGCCUUCACAAUCGAGGAGCGCCAAGUGCUGGGGAUACACGGCCUGCUGCCCGCCAGGGUCAAGAGUCAAGAAGAGCAGGUGCAACUGUGCAAACUGUCCAUCGAUAGAUACGAGGACCCCCUUAACAAAUAUAUCUAUCUUAUGGGACUAUUGGAUCGCAACGAGCAUCUCUUCUAUCGUUUUGUGGGCGAGAAUGUGUCCGAGAUGAUGCCGAUAGUGUACACCCCGACUGUGGGCCUCGCCUGCCAGAAGUUCGGUCUCGUGUACCGCCGCCCUCGUGGACUCUUCAUUACCAUACAUGACAAGGGACACGUUUACGACAUAUUGAAAAAUUGGCCCGAGACGGAUGUGCGAGCAAUCGUGGUGACCGACGGCGAACGCAUCUUGGGUCUGGGUGAUCUCGGUGCCUGCGGUAUGGGCAUCCCGGUCGGAAAGCUGGCUCUCUACACCGCACUUGCCGGCAUCAAGCCGCAUCAAUGUCUACCUAUUACUCUCGAUGUGGGCACCAACACGCAAUCUAUGCUGGACGAUCCCCUGUACAUCGGGCUUCGUCAGAGGCGGGUCCGUGGAGCAGAGUAUGACGAGUUCAUAGAAGAGUUUAUGCAGGCCGUCGUUCGCCGCUUCGGACAGAACUGCCUCAUCCAGUUUGAGGACUUUGGCAAUGCGAAUGCCUUCAGGCUGCUGGAGAGAUAUCGUGGAAAGUAUUGUACAUUCAAUGAUGACAUCCAAGGGACAGCGUCCGUAGCAGUAGCUGGUCUACUGGCCAGCCUGAGGGUUACGGGCAAGAAGUUGGCUGAAAACACCAUCGUAUUCCAAGGCGCUGGCGAGGCAUCGCUGGGUAUCGCGGAAUUGUGCGUAAUGGCAAUGAAGGCCGAGGGCUCGUCGGAGGCAGACGCCAGGUCCCGAAUAUGGAUGGUAGAUUCGAAAGGACUUAUCGUAAAGAACAGGCCCGAAGGUGGUCUCAAUGAACACAAGGAGAAAUUCGCUAAAGACUGUCCUCCGGUCCGCACUCUUGAAGAAGUCGUCGAUCAGGCUAAACCUUCUGUACUUAUCGGUGCGGCUGCGAUCGGUGGCGCAUUCACAGCGAGCAUUCUACGCAAGAUGGGCGACUACAAUGAGCGUCCCGUCAUAUUCGCUCUUUCCAAUCCCACCAGCAAAGCAGAGUGUACCGCUGAGGAGGCAUACAGCAACACAGACGACCGCGCUAUUUUCGCAUCUGGCUCUCCGUUCCCAGAAUAUCGCACCAAAGAUGGACGGAUCCUGCGGCCGGGACAAGGCAACAAUGCUUACAUCUUCCCAGGGUUGGCCCUCGGCAUCAUUUGCGCCGGCAUUGUCGACAUUUCCGAUGACUUUAUGCUGUUAGCUGCACAGGCGCUUGCUGAUAUAGUGUCACAGGAGAAUUUGGAUCACGGCAGUCUCUACCCACCACUCGAAGAUAUCCAAGAGUGCUCGGUCAAGAUUGCCAAGAAACUAGUCGAGCACGCCUACCAAACUGACAAAGCAUCCGUGCAGCCACAGCCUCUCGAGACAGAGAAGUUCAUCCGCGCCCAGAUGUACGACGUGCGGUAUUCACCUGCCGUGCCUCCCGUCUACUCAUGGCCUGAUAAUUCACCACAAGUCGACCGAGUCUAGCGGCCGCUAACCCCUCACGUCACUCUCGCGAAUAAUUACAAACAAAACGCACUAAAUAAUACAUAUUAAUUUCAACAUUUACAUAAUAAAUGAAGACUGCAAAUCCGCACUGAAGUCUGUAAUUAUAUACUACGUAAAUACAAUUUCAGAUUUUGGAGUGUUUAGAAAUUGAUUUGGUU